AUGAGAAGGCUGUGGCUGGUGCCAUGCUUGUGGGCCACGGCCUGGGCAUGUACAGGCUUGGACCCGGAGUAUGCAUAUCACUGUAGGCCUCCGGUCCUAAUAGAAGGCAUCUUAUGUAUGCUCCUCAUCUGCCUCCUCUCCAGUGCUUCCGCAGUGGGAAUUUCCUGGUACUGCGGACUUUGGCAGCUGGGCAAGCUGCCAACAUUAGUUCUAGCAUCGGCCACUUUUUUUGCAUCGGCUCUCAUAUCCACAGCGUUUCCCUGGUGGAUGACUGAUUCGUCGUUUUGGCCCCCCGAGCAGUGCUUCCUACUGGAUGGCGGCAGCAGACAAACUGCACUUGUCUCCGGUGCCAUGUACGUCUUUGCAUCAACCAUGGCAAUCUCAUUGGCUUGCCUCUCAGUGAGCUUGGCCUGGAUCUACCAAGUCCCAGCACCGAGAUGCGAACUGGGCAAGCGUGCAGUGAGGUAUCUAGUUUUCGCUACCGUCGUGAACACCAUCGGCUGCAUCUUCGUUGCGCGCCUGACAUGCGGUGAGCCUGCUCAGCUGGAUGCUCUGGCAGCUGUGCCUCUGGGCUUCAAUCCAAUCACAAACGUCCUGUUGAAGAGGAUCAUACUCCGGAUGUCCGAAAUACAUGCAGGUAGAGAGCAAACCAAGCGCAUGCGCCAAACAACUCAUGCGGAAUGCAUCACGGGCAUUGUGAUUGUGAUUAUCAUUCUCAUCGGGGUCGUGCUUGCUCUUCUCACGGUCUGGAUAGAUUACACCUUCGUUCGCAUUUUCGUUGCUGCCGGAACGCUGGCGAUGGUGUUCCUUGUGGUCCUUGAUGGUGUCUUCUCCUGGUCGGCAUACAUGGCACUGCGUUCAGUGCUACGCGGUGUGGCUGUGGCCAUGCCAGCGCAGCAAGAUUCUGGCAAGCUGAGCGCCGCCAUGUCCGUUGCGAAAGCCAACCUCUACCUGGUGGUGCUUGCUGUCGUGGGCACCAGCCUCUUUUACGGCAUGUUCGUUGUCGCUGGAAUCUUCUUCCUAUUCUACGAGAGAGGUCUGGCGCUCGACCCAACUACUUCCGGGAUCGUGCCCCUGAUGAUCUGGUGCCUGGACAGUGUAUUCAACGACUUCUGCGCUGUCUACUUGGGCUGCGGACCCACCCAGGCCGCGCUGGAUUUAGUGACACAAGCCAGCCAAGCAGAUGCUGUGGGCAUGCCAGUAGCAGGCACGAUCUCUGGGCAGGUCCUUGGAGCACCGGCUGAAGUGGACAAAGUGACGGCCGGCCAAGCAGGCAGCUCAGGUGCAAUAGGCAGGCCGGUGGGCUCGAUUUCCGGGGAGGUGCCCCUUGGGGCACCACAGGAAGCCAAGGCUGUUGGAGUGACCUCGGUGGAAGCUUGGAGCGCGGGACCUCCGAAGUGA